GUGGAUGGGCCGAGGCCGCAGUUUUCUGUUGUGAGGGAAAUGGCGGCGGCUGGGCCUGCGGAGCCUCCGAGCGCCGUGUCCCGGUCCGUGCGGCCCCAUAACAUCGUCCCUCGGCUGCAACACGGGCGCUACACGGGGCAUGGGCCCACCAGAGUGUCGCAGAUUCCAGAUUCUUUGCUCAGAGAGAGAGACAAAAUUGCAAAAUGGAAUGGCAUCCCACAUCUGGUGCAGAAAUUAUAUGAAAACAGCCAACCCAACAAUGAUGGUCUCUUGCUGUGUCAGGGGAUUUUAAAGGAGAUUGCUCCACUCCUCUCGAUGGAAGCAAUGGCAUUUGUGACGGAGGAUGGAAAAGGUGCCCAAGAAUCCAAAUUUCCAAACACCCACAUUUUUGAUCUCUUUGGUGGAGUAGAUCUUUUAGUUGAAAUCCUAAUGCGGCCAACACUUGCACCACAGAAAAAGAAGCAGAAAAUGAGUGAAGACUUGAUAAAGGAUUGCCUAAGUAUAUUGUACAACACCUGUAUCUGUACUGAUGGAGUGACUAAGCGUCUCUCGGAGCGGAAUGACUUUGUACUGUUCCUCUUCACGCUCAUGACAAAUAAGAAGACCUUUUUGCAAACGGCUACACUAAUAGAAGAUAUCCUUGGAGUUAAAAAGGAGAUGAUCCAGUUGGAGGACAUUCCAAACCUUACAAACCUGGUCGCCAGUUUUGACCAGCAGCAACUUGCUAACUUCUGUCGGAUUCUUUCGGUGACUAUCUCUGAGCUGGAUACAGGAAAUGAUGACAAACACACACUGCUUGCCAAAAAUGCACAACAGAAGAAAGCUGCAGGACCUUCACGAGCAGAAAUCAACCAAGUCACCCUUUUAAAUAUUCCUGGAUUCAUUGAACGAUUGUGUAAACUGGCAACACGGAAGGUCUCUGAGACAGCAGGCACUUCAAACUUCUUGCAGGAGCUAGAAGAAUGGUAUGCAUGGCUGGACAAUGCACUGGUUCUUGAUGCCUUAAUGCAUAUGGCCACUGAGGAAGCUGACCAAAGCAGUAGCACAGAGUCUGCUGAUGAGAGUGUGUUGGCUGCCAAUCAGCUCAGGAGCCGGCUUCCUCAGUCGAUGAAGAUCAUGCACGAGAUCAUGUACAAAGUGGAAGUGUUGUAUGUGUUAUGUGUACUGCUGAUGGGAAGGCAGCGAAACCAGGUUCACAAGAUGUUGGCAGAAUUCCGACUUAUUCCCGGACUUAAUAAUCUGUUUGAUAAGCUGAUAUGGAGGAAACAUUCUACUAAUCAUGUCCUGCAUGGGCAAAACCAAAUCUGUGACUGCAGUCCAGAAAUUUCCCUGAAAAUCCAAUUCCUAAGGUUGCUUCAGAGCUUCAGUGAUCAUCAUGAGAACAAGUACCUAUUAUUGAACAGCCAGGAACUGAAUGAACUUGGUGUAAUCUCACUCAGAGCCAAUAUACCGGAGGUAGAAGCAGUUGUCAACACUGACAGAAGUCUGAUCUGUGAUGGGAAGAAAGGACUUCUAACAAGGUUAUUACAGGUUAUGAAAAAAGAACCUGUUGAAUCCUCCUUCAGAUUCUGGCAGGCAAGAGCAGUUGAGAGCUUUCUGCGAGGAGUGACUUCUUAUGCUGAUCAGAUGUUCCUUUUGAAACGUGGCCUGCUGGAGCACAUUUUAUUCUGCAUUAUCGACAGUGAUUGCAAGUCAAGGGACGUGUUGCAGAGUUACUUUGAUCUUUUGGGCGAGCUGAUGAAAUUCAACAUUGAUGCCUUCAGGAGGUUUAAUAAGUAUGUAAACACAGAGGAGAAGUUUCAGAUUUUUUUGAAUCAGAUCAACAGUUCUCUAGUGGAUUCCAAUAUGUUGGUUCGCUGCAUAGUAUUGUCCUUGGACGAUUUGGAAAGCCAAACAGAUGCUGUAAGAGUUGCAGAAGUGAUUUCCCAAUGCUGCCUGUUGUCCUACAUGUCCCAUGUGGAAAGGCUCUCGUUCCUUUUCCGUCUAAUUAACAUUAUUCAAGUGCAGACCCUCACGCAGGAAAAUGUCAGCUGUCUGAACACCAGCCUAGUGAUCCUGAUGCUAGCAAGGCGCAAGGGCAAACUGCCAUUUUACCUGAAUGCCCUGCGGGAGAAAGAGCUUUGAGAAUAUCCAGGAUUCCUUCUCAACAAUUUCCACAGCCUGCUCCUUUGGCAAGAACAUUACCUCAACAAAGAUAAGGACAGCACCUGUCUGGAAAAUAGCUCCUGCAUUAAUUUCAGUUACUGGAAAGAGACAGUCUCACUGCUGCUUUGUCCAGACCAGACAGCCCCUUGUGCAAUCAUUAGCUACAUUGAUAAAGCGUACAUGAGCGUUGAUAAAGACUUCAGUGAAGACUAAUGUUCACCUUUUAGACCAACUGGACUGAUGCUUUGUACAGCUGCAGAUUCAGCCCAAAACCAUGGAAUUCAGGCUGUGGUGACUGAUGUUUAUUCACAGCCACACUGGGAGUUGUGGAAGAGCUGGUGGUUGAUUAGUGCAAAUACUUUUAUUUUAACCAUGGACUGAUGCCUUUUGUCUUUGAUUACUAUCCUCUGGGCUUCUGAACCCAUAUAUUAUUGGCUGGGGGGGUGGGGGGGUGAGGGGGGAGGAGGUUGUGGGAAGGUUAGAAAUCUUCUGUCACUGGAUACAAGAGUCAAAGCUGCCUGCAAACCAGCACUGCCUGGGCCUAAAGGUAUAAAGGAGGGAGCACUUUUAUGAUCAAAUUUUUUUUAAUAUCCCAUGCUGAUUUGGUAUUUUAAACAUUAGUGUGUGUGUCACUUGGUAUCUUCCUGGUUAUGUUAAGAUGCAAGUGGCCAGCAGAACAACUUUCAGUGUGAAACUCGUGUGCGAGUUUAUAGUUAUAUUACAUUCACAGUAACAUUUUAACUAGUUUGUUAAAACUGAGUUGCUGUUAGAAUUUGAAUGAUCUGUUUCUCCUCGAGUAUUUGAAUCUGCUUGAAUCUUACACGUGCAGCUUAUUAAAUCCUCAUAGUUUAUAAUAUAUACAGUGUACUAAUUAUACCCAGAUUUUGGCGUACAGUCCAUUGAAUGCCCUUGUAGCUUUUUGAAAAGCACGUCUGGGGUAGUUUAAUUUUCUAAUGGUAACAUACACAAAACCUUUAUAAUUUUCAUAUAUCAUCUAUUUUUUUUCUCUUGCCAACUUCCUUCCCAAAGGUGGUGAUCCCUUACUGGGUUCAGUUCCAUGGGUGCUGGUCACCCUUGAGUACGUUGCCCGUGCUUGAAAUUUCAGAAUGAGUUUCAGCAGUCAAUUGAAUUAUAUAGGAGUGGACAUUGAAGUUGAAUUAAGUUCUGUUCUUGAACUUGCAGCUAGAAGCAUUAGAUACUGAUCAGGACUCAUUACCGUAGCCAUUUCUCCUCUUCCUACCCACAGUGCUAGUCCAACUCUGGCCAUAAUCAGCUGACUGAGCUUAUUGCCAGGCUAUUCCUGGUCUGUGUGGUUCAGCUAAUCACAGGGUAAACUUCCUGAACAACAGGAGGGUCAUCUGUUAAUGGAAUGCUGAUUUGUGCAAACAUGCUGUGUAAACCACUAGAUCAGUGAGCUAUGUGUAUGUUUAACAUAAUGAUUAAUGGGCCUGAGUUAGUGCAGUUUAUAAACUGUGGAGAAAUUACUGGGUUGAAAAGUUGACCUGUGACAUUAAACAAAAAAUUCAAUGUCACGAUGAUUUCAGUGAAGUGUAUAAAGGUGCAAAUUGUUUAUUCUCUAUUCAUGCACUUUGGAAGAGCAGAUUUUUUCCAAAUGCCUUGGGUCUGGAGAGUAUUAAGAUUUUACAAAGGAAAAAGUUCGGGUGGCUACAGAUCUGUCAAUGCUGAUAGAGCUGUACGAGUUGAUAAAUAAAGACCAUCCACAAUAUGAGGAUGCACAAUGUUGUGUACUGGCUUGUCUGAUUAUCCCUUUUGCAUUGAUAUCAGUGCACCCAGUAAAUCUGAUCAAAGACUGAAAGUUGCUCUAGGUAGUCUCAUCUCUUUCCUGGGCCAAAACUGCCAAAUCCUAUUUGAAAUAUUUUGCCAAUUAAUAAGCCUACAUGUUGUCCAUACUGGUGAGCCUCAUGCUUCAUUGUAUAGUUGAUCUGCUUUUUGUUUUCUACUUGCAUAUUUUUAGAAUCCCAAACUAAAACCUUGUAUUCUGAUCUCUUGCUGAGCUGUCUGUACACAAUCUGAAAUAAAAAGAAAAAUGCUGGAAACACUCAGCAGGUCAGGCAGCAUCUGUGAAAUUGAAACAUUUACCAUUUCAGAUCAAAGACCCUUCAUGGGAAAUGUGAAGGGAAACAAGUUUUAAUUUUCAGAGAAGGUGGAAGAGAUAUUUGUCCAAGGAUUUGUUUAACUUGAGAUCUUAAGUUCAGAGGGACUCUAUCCAAUUGCUUGACAGGGUUUGAUUGUCAGGUUAACCUGGGGUGGUUCUUAAUAGUAUUGUGAAAGAAUAAAGGCACUUUGUGUUCUAUCUUUCUACGUUGAUAGUCACACAGUCUAGUUAAAAAGGUAGCUGGAACCUUUAAGAUUUCCCAGAUGGUUUAAGAUUCUUUGAAGUACAGUAGAAGGGCUUUUGUACAAAAUCCAGGACCAGGCUGUUAAUUACUUUUACCGGAUAGCCUGUACAUAGUGGAGAUAGGUUAGCACCAGGUUUACACCACCUGAUAAUGAAAGAUUGAGCUGUGUGCAGAAGGUGGUGAUGACCAAGUCAGUCCAACUCCUCAGCCUCGCUGAGAUUACAAUUCUAUAACUAGAAAAAUGGUCUCAGUAUUCACAAGCAGCUUAUUGCCAGUGACUGUUUUAAUUAAUUGAAAAACAAAUAAUACUUAUGUGUGGGAAUGAACCUUCCAAGCACCAGCUCUCACAACUUGAGCCUAUAAUCUUUGGUCUGGAUUGUUAUGUAACACCUUCAGAUCGUGAGCAAAGCUACUUGCAUGGAUUUUACAAUAUCUUUGGGCAUUUGAUGUGUGGAUGCUGCAGGUCAACUCGAGCAAUGACAAAUUUGGUCUACACCUCACUGAAAUCUCUUCCUUAAUCUGAAAGGUAUUUUGUAGAUAUUGUUUUAACCUCAGUUGGUUUGCAUUCUUACUGAAAUCUUUCUUUUACAAUAUUUUAUUAAAAUCCAUGAAAAAAAUACUGAGUACAUCAAAAAAGUAAAAAUACUACUGAAUACAUUGUUAAAUCAUACUUAGGAUUACAAUACUCUAAAUUAAUAAUCAACAUGUAAUAGUUAAUAAAGCAAAAAUUUGAAUAAUUUAUUAUUUAAAAAAAUCUAACUCCACUACCGAAAACCGAAGCUGUUUAAUAAAAAAAAACAAGGAAAAACCCCUUGAAACGUAAC